UCAGUUGCUAGGAACAUCACAAACACAAAGCACACAAGGAGAGAGAGAGAGAGAGAGAGAGAGAGAGAGAGAGAGUAUCAAUGGCGGACUUUGCGCUUGGGUUAGCCAAGACGGCGGUGGAAGGGACCCUCAGCAGGGUCCAAUCCGCGAUCGAUGAAGAGACCACGCUGAAGGCGGCGGCGCAGCAAGACCUGGUGUUCAUCACCGGGGAGUUUCAGAUGAUGCAAUCCUUUCUUAACAUCGCCAGUAAGGAGCGUGCCAGGAAUGAAGUGGUGAGGGCCUGGGUGCGGCAGCUCCGUGACCUCGCCUUUGAUGUUGAAGACUGCGUCGAGUUUGUUAUCCACCUGGAUAACGACUCGACCAGGAACUGGGUGUGGCGCCUGGUGCCGUUUUGCAUGGCACCACCUCGGACUCGGGACCUCGACAGCGCAGUUUCUGAGUUGAAGCUGCUCAAGGCGAGGGUUGAGGAGGUGAGCCAGAGGAACACCCGCUACAAUCUAAUAAGCGACUCUGGCUCCAAUCACAUUCCAUCGGUUGUGCAGUUGGCCCCAACCGCCCCAUCAACAAUGGACAUCCUGAUGGAGCUAUGGGAGGCCAAUGGGAAGCACCGCGGUUUUUGCAACCUCCAAAAGUUGAUAACCAAUGAGGGCAAUAACCUUCAGGUAAUCUCUUUGUGGGGAAGUUCAGGAUCUGAUAUUGAGGGGGCACAGAUCAUCAAUAAGGCCUACUGUGACCCAGAAAUCAACCGGAUAUUCAAAGUCCGUGCCUGGGUAAAGCUGCUGCAUCCAUUUAACCCUGACGAGUUCCUCAAGAACUUGCAGACUCGGUUGCACGCCAGCUCUCGGUCUUGCCGAGCUGUCAAUUUCAAGGACAAGACUUCAGAAAAUGAUUCCAUGAAGCAAUUGACUGAGCAGAGAUAUCUGGUCAUCCUUGAAGGAAUACCUAGUGUUGCAGAUUGGGAAAUCAUCAGAAUGUACCUGCCAGACAAUAACAACGGCAGCCGGAUCAUUGUGUCCACUAAGCGGAUAGGGGAUGCCAUUUUUCUCACGGGGGAGCCAUACCGGGUAUCAGUGCUCCGAGAGUUCACAGGUGGUCAUUAUCUUUGUGCAUUUUAUAAGAAGGGUUCAGGGCGUCGAAAUGUUAUGGGUGACCUUAUUCGCCUAUCAAAACGUGCUGGUGUCGUCUCUGUUUGGGGGACCAGUGAUGACAAAUCAAGUCUCGUCAAAGAAUUUCGGGAUGAGUACCGGAAAAGAGAAUGUAUAAUUGACGGAUGGGUUGAUGUGGCCCAUCCAUUCAUUUUGAAGGACUUCUACAAGAGCUUGUUGCAGUCGAUCCAUACGGAUGGUAUUGAAUCUGCCCAUGGAUAUCCUGAAUCUUUCGUCGAUCUACACCUUGAACUAAUCGAAGGAUAUAUGGAGCGAUGUUUAUGUUGGGUGCUUUGUAAUCGAGACUGUCUGGUCGUUAUUAACGGUCUGCAGUCCACAGAGGAUUGGCAGCUUAUUAAAAGUGCAUUCGCAUCGGAUAUUAAAAGUUAUGUAAUUGUCAUAACGAACGAUGAAAGCGUGGCCACAAGUUGUGUAGACCAUGAAUAUCGUGCUCUCAACGGCAACGAUGUAGGCCUGCAUCCAUCCAUGCAACAGGUUUCUGACUACAAUGGAUAUGGAGAUUACGAGAAGGUUUCUCGGAAUAUCUUUCUGUCCAACAGGGCGAAAUAUAAUAUAAUGAGCCCGAUGUCUCAAAACAAGGUGUCUGCUAAGCUCGUAGACAGUACUGGGGUCACCUCGGUAUGGGGCAUUGCUGGUGUUGGGAAAUCAACUCUUGUCGGAGAUGAAUGUGCACGUAUGUCUCGACCUUAUGGAAAGUUUGCUUGGGUUGAUGUGCCAGAUCCGUUUGAUUUGGUGGAAUUUUCUCGGCUCUUACUUCUGGAUUUCCAUCAGGGUAAUCUUAAAGCCAUGGAAGCUGCAGCAAUUGGUAUUAUGGAGGGUGAGGACCCAAUUCAAGGAUGCCGUGAAAUCAUGCGUCAAGACGGGUGUAUCGUCAUUAUUGACGGUCUGCGGUCCACAUAUCACUGGGACUUGAUUGAAACUGUCUUUUUAUCCCAGCCUACUACGGAGGCCAAAAUAGUAGUCAUCACAACUGAACAACGCAUCGCCAAACAUUGUGUCAAGCAGCAAGUAGAUCAAAUGGUCAAUGUCAAAUGUGCAGAAGAUCACGAGGCCUGUGAGAUCUUCGAAAAGCUUAUUGAUCCUAACGGCACGGAGCUGGCUAGUCGAAUGGGAAAGGUGGACCUUGUAAAACUUGUGGCCAAAUGCGGUGGGCUUAUGAAAGUAGUGGCUGCCAUAGGAAAAGUCUCGUGGGCAUUCUUGGAGCAUAUGAAUGAUGACUUCAUGUUCAAAUUGGAGACUGAUCCUCAAUUCCAUAGUUUGAGUGGUCUUUUAUCUUGGAUGCAUUCCUACUUUGAUGCUUGUCCAGAUUCGGUAAAGCCAUGUAUCUUCUACCUUUCUGUCUUCCCUGCAAGCAGCAAAAUUAGGCGAGGCUAUUUACUGAGAAGAUGGAUCGCUGAGGGCUACUGCAGGGACACACCUGGUUGUACCGCAAAGGAGAAUGCGCAAAAGCGUUUGUCUGAGCUCGUUGAAUUGAGCAUAAUCCAGCAAGCAACAAGACAGAGCAAUUGUUUGUCUGAGCUCGUUCAAUGGAGCAUAACCCAGCAAGCAACAAGCAAGAACAAUUUUAAAGUCAAUGGUUUCUUCCUUGAAUACAUCAUCUCGCGGCCAAUGGAGGAUAAUCUUGUUUUUGCAUUGGAUGGACGUUGCAGUCCAAACACGCAACGCACAGGACAACACCUGACCAUAAUGGCAGACUGGCACAGGGACCAAAAUGUGUUUGAGAGCAUCGACUUCGCACGGCUGCGGUCUUUGACAGUGUUUGGAACAUGGUAUCCGUUCUUUAUCUCUGACAAGAUGAAGCGACUUCGAGUGCUGGACCUAGAAGACAUGAUAGCUGUAACAAAUGAUGACCUUGAGCAGAUAUUUCUGAAGCUGUUGAGCCUCAAGUUCAUCUCCCUACGAGGAUGCAGGAAGAUUAGUCGUCUGCCUGAUACAUUGGAAGGGCUAAGGCAGCUACAGACUCUGGAUGUAAGAUUCACCUCCAUAGUCAUGUUGCCAUCUGCUAUCAUCAAGCUUCAUAAGCUGCAAUACAUCCGUGCUGGUACAGAUCAAGAUUGGACAUCAGCAUCAACAUCAUCAGAGUUAGAAGGCCGUGAUAGCAGCAUAUCUGCAGGGCAGCCAACAGUACCAGCAUCUCCCGAAAACCCAGCACAGGCAGCUAGAUCACCAGAAGCCUCCCACAGGUCAAUGGUACCAAAGGUGGGAUGGGCAUCCAAACUUUCGCGUACCUGGAGCUCGUGUGCCCCAAAUCAUAAUGGUGGUGUUAAGGUUCCUGUGGGGAUUGAAAAACUUGCAGCCUUGCAUGCUGUUGGUGUGGUGAAUGUCAGUGCAGCAGGUGGGGAGGCCUUUCUGAUGCACCUCGCAAAACUAACCCAAUUGCUCAAGCUCAGAGUGUGCGGCGUCAAUAAGAAAAACUGGCCGCUGCUGUGUUCUGCACUAUCGGAUAAGAAUUGCCGUCUCGAAUCCUUGUCAGUGCGAUUCGACGAGGAUUGCCUCGACGAUAGCUUCAAGCCACCCAUGACCCUGAAGAGCCUUAAGUUGUACGGGCCUAUGAGCAGAUUGCCAGACACUAUCAAGGCUCUUGUCAAUCUCAAAAAGUUGGAUCUUGAGAUGACUAUUACAGGGCCAGAUGACGUGCACUUCUUCUUGAAAGAAAAAUUGCCAUGUAUGAUUAUCCUUAAUCGUCUCUGCAUCAACGUGCAAGGCGACCAGAAGGUAGAUUUAGACUCUAUGGCAUUCCCGUGCUUCGAGUUCAACUGGGAUGAUCCUUGUAAACCUCGGGUCCUCAAGAUGGAUUGCAGCUCCAAGUUAGAGGUAAUUUUCCGUUAUGGAGGCAUAUUUGAAUAUGUUGAGGUGCUGAUAAUCCAGUGCUCUAAAGGAUCAUCUUUCCGGGUUUCUGGGGGCGCUGGGCUAAGUGGUAUGCACGGUCUCAAGACAGUCUGGCUUAAGGGUUCCUACAGCGAGGAACUACGGCAGCAGCUGAAGGAACUUGUUGACGAUCAUAGUAGGAAGCCAGUCUUGAAGCUGGAGCCACUGCAAUAGUACAUGCUUUCUUGCUUGCCUUCCUUCUUUCGUUUUUGUAUCUUGCCUUGUAUGCACUUUGACAUGUAUCUUUCUUUCCGCAUUGCCGCCAUGACGGGCUUUGUUGCAAUCAAAAGGU